AUGGUUUUAUACACUUCCCCAUUUCCCAACAGCUUUCUGACAGUUCUGCAUUCUUUUUCCUGGGGCUUGAUUUUCCCAUGUUACUGGUUAGCAGAUAGGCUUAUGGCCUCUUUUGUUCCAACCACCUAUGAAAAACGUCAAAGAGCGGAUGAUCCGUGCUAUUUUCAUGCCCUCUGCCUCAUUAUUACUACUCCCAUCUACUUGGCACUGUUAGUAGCCUCUCUUCCUUUUGCUCUGAUUGGCUUUCUGUUAUGGUCCCCGCUCCAGUCAGCCAGAAGGCCGUAUAUCUACUCCAGACUAAAAGACAAGAACCAUGCCAACGGAGCCACACUGCUUACUGAAUGGAAGGCUGCAGGAAGUGGGAAGAGUUUCUGCUUCGGGAGCGCUAAUGUUUGCCUGCUGCCAGAUUCUCUGGCAAGAUUUAAUAAUGUUUUCAAUACACAGGCUAGGGCUAAAGAGAUUGGCCGGAGGAUCCGAAAUGGGGCGAGCAGACCACAGAUCAAAAUAUACAUAGAUUCUCCUACCAACACCUCCAUCAGUGCAGCAAGUUUUAGCAGCUUGGUCUCCCCCCAGGGUGGAGAUAGCACUAAUCAUACGUUUAAUCCUGGCAUGAAAAGGACAACAUCAAUGGAGUAUAAAGGAGAUAAUUCCGGCUCAAACAACGGUGAGGAUAGUAGAGAAGAUAAGGGCAGAACUAGAGAGCCAAAUGAGGGAGAAGAAAACUCUUGCAUUGUCCGCAUAAAUGGAGAGGAUAAUGGCCACAUGUCAGAUACAGAAACAGAUACUGUCAAUGGCCAGGCUCAUGCCAGUGGCCCAGCAGAGCCCUUGCUGGAAGGUGAUACAGAGAUCUCAAAAACACCUAACCACAAACAGAAGGAAGGAGAUUCUGGGAGUUUAGACAGCUGCUCUGCCUCGCGAGAGUCCUUAGUUAAAGUUCGUGUUGGGGAUGGUACAGUGGACCAAAGCACUGUUAACAACAAGCUCCUCUACAAAGCUUCAAUCAUGAAGAAGACUUCAGUGCGGAAAAAGAAACAUACAGAUGAGACCUUUGAUCAUGAGAUCUCUGCUUUCUUCCCUGCCAACUUGGACUUUCUGUGUUUGCAGGAAGUGUUUGACAAAAGAGCUGCAGAGAAAUUGAAAGAGCAGCUUCAUCACUAUUUUGAAUACAUUGUCUAUGAUGUUGGGGUCUACAGUUGCCACAGCUGCUGUAGCUUUAAGUUUGUGAACAGUGGUCUACUUUUUGCCAGCCGCUAUCCUGUCAUGGAUGCUGCCUAUCACUGUUACCCCAAUGGAAGAGGGACAGACUCCUUGGCUUCCAAGGGAGCCUUGUUUCUCAAGGUGCAAGUGGGAAGUACACCUCAGGACCAAAGAAUUGUGGGAUACAUUUCCUGCACUCACUUGCAAGCUAUUGCAGGAGAUACUACUGUUCGAUGUGAGCAACUGGAUAUGCUUCAAGAUUGGCUGUCUGAAUUCCGAAAAUCUACCUCCUCCUCCAGUACAGCCAAUCCAGAGGAGCUGGUGGCUUUUGAUGUCAUUUGUGGAGAUCUUAACUUUGAUAACUGCUCCUCUGAAGACAAGCUGGAGCAACAGCAUUCUCUGUUUACACACUACAAAGAUCCAUGCCGAAUUGGUCCUGGGGAGGAUAAACCAUGGGCAAUCGGUACCUUGUUGGAUCCUGAAGGACUGUAUGAUGAUGAAGUGUGCACUCCGGAUAACCUACAGAAGGUGCUGGAAAGUGAAGAAGGAAGGAAAGGAUACUUGGUCUACCCCACCAGCAAGAACCACAGUUCCAGUCAGAAGGGGAGGAAGGCACCACUGAAAGGAAACGGGAGGAGGAUUGACUACAUGCUGUAUACAGAAGAAGGUCUCUACCUGGAAUGGAAAGUGGAAGUGGAAGAGUUCAGCUUUAUUACCCAGUUAGCAGGCUUGACAGACCACCUACCAGUAGCAAUGCGUCUCAUGGUUUCUACAGGAGAAGAUGACCCUUAAAACUAACCAGCUUUGAGAUAUCAGAAGAGGGAAACAUUAACAAUAUUAAGAAAAUAUCAGAAUAAGAAUAAACUGUUCUGGUGCCACGUUAGG